AUGUCAUCACCUCACGUGGGGGAACCAAUGGACAUGUGGGCCGAUGCAAGUGACCCUGCGCCAGUCGCCAUGACGCCCAACGCAGACAAUGUGCCGGACGCUGAAGAGGAGGUGGCCGCUGCUGCUGGCGCCAACACGCUAGACCACAACGAGGACGAAGAGGGGUGCGGCCUGUCGUUCUUCGAGGAGGAGGCAGAGUGUGCCGCGCUGCUCGCCCACGCCGCAGAGCUGCUGCCGCUAGCAAAUGACCGGUUAUUGCCCUCCAUCGGCCAGGAACCGAACGGGGUGGCGGCCAUGUUGGAGGAGCGCUUCGCGAAGAUCAUCGGCCGCUACCAAGACAGCCCGCACCUCUUGCACCCCUACCUGGAGGGGCUGAUGAAGCCUCUCGUGGACCUGCUUCUCCGCUACCUGCCCAAUGCCACGGAGGUGUGGGCACGUGAGGCAAGGUCGGGAGUAGGAGGGUCGCCCACAACGACUGUGGGGGCUGGCCAAACCUUGCCGUCGUUCGCUGCUGCUGGGGCAGCAUCAGCAACACCACCCUCUGCGAUGACGACGCAGACGCUGGUGGUGGCGAGUGCACUGGGCCAGGACUUGACCAUGUUCGAUGCGGACGCCCCCAAGACACCACUGCAUGUGGUGUGCAAGGCCCUCUGCAGCGUCAUCAAGACUGCUGGCGAGAAGUGCUGCACGAGCCAUUUCCCCAUCGACGUGGGGCAUUACGAAGACGUCUUCUACACGCUUCAGCUGUGGGUGGCCGACGCGGCGCGGCAGCGAGAGUGGGAGGUGCGCUACUGCCUGCUGCUGUGGCUUUCAAACCUCGUCCUUGUCCCCUUCUCUUUAGCUCUUAUCGACACGAAUCACGCCGAGGAAGGCGGCGUCUCGGCGGCGACGGAACGGCUAUCGCUGUCAGACGCUACCCUUGUCACAGCAAGCCGCUUCCUCGCGGACGCAUCCAAGUGCCGCGAGGCGGCUGCCCUCCUCAUCGCUCGCCUGCUCACACGACCCGACAGUGCACGGCACCGGGGACUCUUCUUCAGCUUUGCAACCUUCAUUCUGGAGUCCACUUCACACUUCGCGUCGGUGGGUGCUGACCGGGCAGCGGUGGUGGUGCCGCAAGGGGUACCGUGGGCCUUUCUUGCCGAAGGCACGCAGAGCACCUUCGCCUCACUUCUGUCGCAGCCCUUCCUACUGCCUGGCGUGCUGCUUACCAUUGCGAAGGCUGUGAAGCUGGGGAAACGGGAGGAGCUCGUCGGCUUUGCACCGCGCUUGCUGACGUGUGUGGCGACCGUCUAUGAGCAACAUCUUAACGAUAGCCUCCUCUGCAAGACGGCGGUGAAGGUGGGUCAGCGGCUGGUGCUGUGCAUGUUGAAGCGCCGCCGGGCCGAGUGGCGCUACAGCCGGCACAUUGCCUCCCUCACUGCCAACCUCGGCGUUGCAACUGCCGAUGGUGCGGCGGAGCUGAAAGCGCAACAGGAGGAGGCAGUGGACAGGGACGACGUCAGCAGCGACAACUACUACGGGCUGGAUGGGUGCGAGGAGAACCUUGAGACUGGGAUUGGGCUUCUUCUCCAGGCCGUUGGGCACAAAGACACGGUGGUGCGCUGGAGCGCAGCCAAGGGCAUCGGCCGUGUCUGCGAACGGCUGCCCGUUACGUUUGCCAAGGAGGUCAUGGAAGCGGUGCUCGAGGUCUUCAGAAAUGCGCACAGCGAUGUCCACUGGCACGGUGGCCUCCUCACAAUCGCGGAGCUGUGCCGCCGCAGCCUCGUGGAUACAGCGCUGCUGGCAAAGGUGGUGCCGUUGGUUGCCCAAGGCCUGGGGUACGAUCUCAGCAGGGGCACCUACAGCGUAGGGGCACACGUGCGGGAUGCCGCGUGCUACACAUGCUGGUGCGUGGCGCGCGCAUACGACGCUGAGGACCUCAUCAUCCACGUGCGCCAGCUGAGCGUUGCGCUCGUGGUGACGGCGCUUUUCGAUCGCGAGGUGAACGUGCGCCGCGCGGCGGCUGCGGCCUUUCAGGAGUGUGUCGGUCGCCUCGGCAACUUCGAGCACGGCAUUGAGCUGGUGACGACGGUAGACUUCUUUUCACUCGCCUCGCUGCGGCACGCGUACACGGUAGUGGCGCCGGUGAUCGCGCAGUAUGACACGUACCGGGAUGGGAUGCUGCGGGAGCUCGUCGGUACGAAGCUGCUACACUGGGACCGCUAUGUGCGCCAGAUGGCCGCUACCGCGCUGGGACUCGUUGCGACCCAUGAGCCUGCCGCUUCGAUUCUCGAGGAAGUGCUGCCGGAACUACUGAGACGAGUUGAGGACACGACGGUGGCGACACGCCAUGGUGCCAUCCUUGCUAUCGCCGAACUCAUUCAAAACCUCCCGCCGUCCAUGUGGAACGAGGCUCACAUACUGCAGUUCACUGGUAUACUGACAACUCUCGAGGCGGCUCGCGGCUUUAGCGCACGCGGUGGCGCGUACAUCCGACAAGCGUGCUGCGCCAUGCUCCAAGCCAUUGCUGGUCAGUUCCUCGCGCUGCCGAGGACGAUGGAGGUGAGCCGAGUGGGUGGUCGGGUAGAAAAGGUGCUCACCCUCGCCGUUAUCUUUUCCUUUCUCAAGGACACAUGGGACAAUAUUUUAGAGUGGGUACAACAUACCGCGGCAGACACCUUCUGCGCGGUGGCGCAGGCGUACUUCGUGACGUUUCUCCCAUCCUUUCACGGCAAGGUGUUGACGGAGCUGUACGAGGGCUGCGUGUUCGAGCAGCGUGUCCUACGUCGGCGUGGCUUCCUCGCCGCUGUCGGCGGGUUGCCUGCGACACUGCUGAAUGCACCGUGGACGCCAGGGGCUGCGACGAGUGCGGAGGGCGCUACCAGCGGCGCGUCAGUUCCUCUGGCAUUCGAAACGUUUCUCCCAGUGCUACAGCGUGCCUCGUUGUUGAGUCCUGAGGACCUAAAGAACCCGGAGCUGGCGGACGCUCAUGCGCGCCGCAACGCGGCUCGCUCCCUCGCGCGGGUGGUUGUCCGCAUAGACCCCGCCGCGCCAACCGUGACGCCGUCAUGGUACACCGCCGUGAUGGAGGGCACGGUGUUGCAAGCGCUGCAGGACUACGCGACGGAUAAGCGCGGUGACGUCGGUUCGUUUGUGCGGCUGGCAGUGCUUGAAGGACUUCCCUCUUUGCUGACGUACGGCCUCACGGCUGCUGCGGCAGUCCGACUCUGCACGGCGGCUACGGAACUACGUGUGUUGCAAGGCGUGGUGCGAUGCGUCUUGGAGAAGCUCGACCGAGUACGGGCCGUGGCAGGAGGUGUACUGGCGCGCUUGUUGCUGGACAAGCCGUGCGACAAUGCGUUUGGGGCCGAGGGGAAUGGCAAAGAUGAGGGUCUGAGCGACUAUGAACUCAGUAUCAAGGCAGAGGUAUCGCUGCUCCGUGCGCACCUUCGGCACUUGGUGACUCGUCGUGGCGGCGAAGAGAGCGGCGCUGAUGGAGACCGAAGCGAGCUCCUCGCCUGGCAUAAUACACAGCAGGUCAUCAGCUGCAUUGGUCCGUUCGUGCUGACGCACUGCCCUGUAAGCCUCGCCCACGCCGCGAUGGAGGGUCUCGUCGUCUCUGCGGGUGACCUCUCCGAGCACGUGCGCAGGACAGCUGCAGCGGCGCUGCUCAGCGCUUUCCAUGGUGACCAUACGACUACGGCUGACGUCUCAGACGCCUUGCCGCAGCGCCUCUCUGCGUGUCUCAUGACCGUCCUUGUAGCCCACGAGCACGAGGAGCGCAUGCUGAAGCCGGCCAGCCGUGUGCUUGACCUGCUCAUCAACGAGGGGGUCUUUGCUGUCGAGCAGCACCGCGCAGUGCUGGAGAUGCUGCGAAAGGAGCUGAAGCACUUUGCGCUGAACAUCAUGGUGCUUCUGGCAAUGGUGCCUCUGCUGACGAACGUGUGCCGCAGCCCUGACGUCGAGGUGCGGCGCAGUGCGUGGACGCUUGCGCUGACAAUGAUUGCCAGCCGUUACCCCAAGGUGCGGGCCAAGGUGGCCACAGACCUUUAUGCAUCACUGCUUGUGUUGACUUCCGGGGCGUUCGCCCCAGCGGGCCUCCCACUGGAGGGAUGCAGGCGCGCAAUGGAACAUCUCAUGCUCGUGCAGUGGGACAGCAACGACGCCACACGCACGCGGGCUGCGCGCAACGAGCUGUACAGCAUGCUGGAGAUUGAUCCGCCUGUCGCUCGAGCAGCCAACGUCGGGGAGUCGGCGAGCGAAGACGCGCAGCGAGGCUCCAUGCAGCCGGCGCGGGACCACCGGGGUGCGGUGGCCGCCACGUACAAGUCGCUCGUGCAGGAGACCGGCUACUGA